UUAUUUCAAUUAGCGAAAUGGAGACUCAAUAAUAUAUAAACAAACUUGCAAUGCAGUGUGCAGUGUGGAAUUGCGGAAAUGAACUCAAAAACAAAGAGGCUAAAAAAAGUUUUUUCGCUUUCCCCAAGGACGAGAAGCUGUGUGAAAAGUGGCUGAAGUUUUGCAGGCGUCCCGUAGGUUUUAAGCCGAAGUCAUGGAAAAUAUGCAGUGACCAUUUUAAAAAGGAAGAUAUCGUUGGAAGUUUAGCUUUUGAAAUGGGACUCCGGGACAAAAGAUGUUUGGCGCCUGGUGCUGUGCCCUGUAUAUACACCAAUAUAUCGCCCAUCGGUGAGGAAGAACUAAAAAACUUGCAGAAUAAUGAACGUAAAAGAGCAGUUGGAUAUACAAGUAAACAAGUAAUUACCCUAACAAGAACAGAAGAGAACUCUACGAUGAUAAUUUCCACGAGACCAGGUCUCACAAUAAGAAAAGUAGUACCAAAUGCAUCAAUACCAGUCAGCACAAACGCAAUCUUCACCGAUGUACGGUUUGCUGUCGAUGAGUUGAACGAAGCAGCGCCCUUGACGGAGAUUAAAUCGUUACAAAAUCAAAUUCAAAAAUUAGAGCGAGAGAACUUUGAACUACUGCAGUGGAUACGACGCGAUGAAUUAAAACAUCAGCAUGAAAAAUACGUAUUACAGCAAAAAAUCGCAAAAAUGGAGUUGGAAAAGAAAAAUAUGGAGGAAAAGCUGUUAGGACUAUCGCCUGCAGAGCACAUUAAAACAGAAAUUAUACCAGGAAUAAUCCCUGAAGCGCUAAUAAAAAUGGAAAUAGUUAACGAGAGCUCAAAAGAAAAUAUUGAGAAUAUUAUGCAGCAAAAAUUAGCACAAGAAACAGGAGAGGAGCAGAUACUAGGCAUACUUCCCGAAGAGCAAAUAAAAACGGAGGUUAUUGACGAAAAUUUAGAAGGAGAUUUGGAAAAAGACUUAAUUUCAUUUCAUUUAUUGCGAAACUAUUAGUACAAUGCAGUCUUUGAUCUUUUAUUGAAAAACAAAUAAAAGGUAAAAGCAGAAAGUAAAAUAAGGGAAUAAUUGUUACUAAAGCUUAAAUAAAGCUUAUAAUAAUAAAGUCCAGACAACUAAAUACAGUGGUUAUACAUAUUAAGACGGCGAAACUCAUAAUUAUACAACAAUUAUUUAUUUUAUCGUGGUGGUGGCUGCUGUUUUGUAGUGGUAAGCAGUGCGCGCUUCCACUCCGCAGGGCCUGGGUCAAGUAACAUCGCAAAAACAUAUAGAAAACAAGGUUUGUUUCUCCCUCGGUCUCCCCUCGACAGACAAUCGCAAACCUCCGAGUGUAUUUCUGACAUGAAAAACAGCUUGUCAUAAAAAUACACUCGCCGCUCGGAGUCGGCGAAAAAUUGUAGGUGCGCCUUUGUGUGACAUCAAGAGAAGCUCGGCCAGACACUAAUAUCCAUAUGUGUAAGCGCCAAUCUAUUACAUCAUACAUAUAUUUUAACAUAUUUUUACGAAAGUACGUAUAUAGAAUCUUAAAUAUGCGAAAUGCACCAAAAAUUACACUGCCCAAUAAAAUUCUGUUGCCUAAAAUAUUA